UCGGCUGCCAGAGUUGAAGAUGAGGCCGCCGUGGUUGUCCGCUGCACUGGGACCGUUCGUCCCACGGCGGGCACUCGGGGCGCGAGCGCAAGUCCGGCCGGCGGCCGUCGCCCAAGUGCUGCGCUUUCCCGAGAAGCAGCAGAAGGGGCUGGUGUUCCCGCUGCAGGAGCUGGAGCGCUGCAUGGUCCCUGGGGUGAGCGCCAAGCUCCACGUGAGGACGUUUGACCCGAGCCUGGAGGACAUCGCGAGAGCCGAGGCCGCCUUCUGCCCCGCGCCGGGCCACCGGAUCGACUACAUUAGCAGCGCCGAGCGCUUGGACCACGCCCCCGUCUCCUCCCGCCCUGAGGUCUGCUUUAUAGGAAGAAGCAACGUUGGAAAAUCAUCCCUAAUAAGGGCUUUAUUUUCCCUGGCCCCUGAAGUUGAAGUCAGAGUUUCAAAAAAGCCGGGGCACACAAAGAAAAUUAACUUCUUCCAGGUUGGAAAAUAUUUCACAUUGGUGGACAUGCCAGGUUAUGGUUUUAAAGCACCUAAGGAUUUUGUUGACAUGGUAGAAGUUUAUCUGAAAAGACGGCCAAAUUUGACAAGAACGUUUUUGUUGGUAGAUGGUGUUGUUGGAAUUCAAAAAGCAGAUAGUAUUGCUAUAGAAAUGUGUGAAGAAUUUGCAUUGCCCUAUGUGAUGGUGUUAACAAAAAUUGACAAAGUUUCCAAAAGUCAUAUUGCAAAACAAGUUCUGCAGAUCCAAGAAUUUGUUGACACUCAAACCCAGGGAUGCUUUCCUCAGCUGUUUCCUGUCAGUUCUGUGACGUACUCAGGAAUCCAUCUGUUGAGGUGUUUUAUAGCCUAUAUAACAGGAAACCUUCGCAUCAAUAGCUCACAGCUUGGCUAAAGACUUGUAAGGCUGGCUUUGUCAUCCAGAACAUCAGCGUUGUUUUAGAUGCUGUCAAUCUUUAACAUGGCAAGAGGACCAUUUGCAUCUUCCCAAAGUAAUCUCUGCCCCAGUUUUAAUGCCCGAGAAGCAGCUACAGUGGAUCAAUUCAGAACAAUUACUUUGAAAAGUUAUCUUUUCAACAAGCUGAAACUGCAACUUGUUUUGCUCACAGCUCAGUAUUCUUUGUCAAGAGAAACCAUAGCAUAUUGAGCAAGCUGACAACAAAGGGCUCCCAGACAAUAGGGCCUCCCUCUAGGCAUUUGGGAUUCCUUCACCCCUCUCAUCAUGCCCUCCCCAUCAUUUGUAUCUUCAUGGUUGAAGGUGUUAUGACAUUCCCAACACCAAACCUGGAAGAACAGGCAACCAGCCUGCAACUGUGGGUGUGGGUAGAAGCUAGAGAAUGUGGAAGUCUCAAGGUGCAUAGUUUUGUGACACAUCCUUUGAAAACACAAUGGAUUCAUUGGUCUUAUUUGCUUAAAACACAUUUCCAUUAUACACUAGACUUAGAAAUACAACAAAGCAGAGUUGUUCAAAAGCACACCUGAAAGGAUAUAUACUGAUAUGCUUAAACUUUAUCAUGUCUAUGCUAACUGUAUUUUAAGAUUUUCAAUAAAAGAUUUAAGACUUUCAAUAAAA